CAAAACCCGGCCGGGGAUUAUGUCUUUUCCCCGCGCUUGAAUAGCUGCUUGCAGGACUGACAGAUCAGCUGUAAACGCUGUCGCUUCUGGUUUGUUCGUGUCUUUAACCUUCAGUUGAACGAGAACCAGCCUGUUUGUGAAGGCAACAUGGCGAGUCGAAAGCGACCGAUAGAGCCGGGUUCGAGCCCAGAAGAAGAGUUCAAAACCCCGGAGAAGAAAGUGUCGGCGGUCCGGCUACACUCCGACUUCAUGGGCUGGGGAGUGGAGGAAGCAUGCAMGUAUCUGCGGAAGGAAGGUCUUGGUGAAUGGGAGAGUGCAUUUAGAGCACAAAAAAUAACAGGGAUUGGGCUGCGGUAUUUGACUGAUGCAGACCUUGAGAAAAUUGGCAUAAAGUGUCUGGGUGACCGUCUGCGGAUCUUGCACAGCCUCAGGAAGUUGUGGCACAUUGAAGCUGAACCAAACAAGGUGUUCAACGACCCCAUCCACGGCCAUGUGGAGCUGCACCCCCUCCUCAUCAAAUUCAUCGACACGCCUCAGUUUCAGAGACUGCGAAACAUCAAGCAGCUCGGGGGGACGUACUAUGUUUUCCCUGGAGCGUCCCACAAUCGUUUUGAACACAGCAUUGGGGUUGGGUACUUGGCUGGAAAACUUGUUCAAGCUCUGAAUGAGCGGCAGCCGGAACUGCUCAUCUCUCAUAGGGACGUCCUGUGUGUUCAGAUCGCUGGACUCUGUCAUGACCUGGGACACGGACCAUUCUCUCACAUGUUUGAUGGCAUGUUUAUGCCCAAAGCACGUCCAUCGAAGAGCUGGAAGCACGAGACCGCCUCUCUGGCCAUGUUCGACUACCUGGUGGAGGACAACAAUCUGAAGCCAGUCAUGGAGGAGCACGGCCUGCUGCUGCCCCAGGACCUGGACUUCAUCAAAGAGCAGAUUGCUGGACCCCUGAACACUAAUUCAGGUCGAGGACAGGAGUGGCCGUACAAAGGCCGUCCUGCAGACAAGUCCUUCCUGUAUGAGAUUGUAGCCAACAAAAGGAACGGCAUCGAUGUCGAUAAGUGGGACUAUUUUGCCAGGGACUGUUACCAUUUAGGUAUCCAGAAUAAUUUUGAUUAUCAUCGCUUCCUGAAGUUUGCCAGAGUGUGUGAGGUUGAUGGGCAGAAGCAGAUCUGCACUAGAGACAAGGAGGUGGGCAAUCUAUAUGACAUGUUCCACACAAGAAACUGUCUGCACCGGAGAGCGUACCAGCACAAAGUGGGCAACAUCAUCGAGCACAUGAUCACAGAGGCCUUUUUAAAAGCAGAUAAACACAUCCAGAUUGAAGGUUCUGAUGGGAAGAUGUUCACUCUGUCCACAGCUAUAGAUGAUAUGGUUGCCUACACCAAACUGACAGAUAAUGUGUUUGAACAAAUCCUAAACUCCUCAUCUCCGGAGCUUGAGGAAGCGAGGAAGAUACUGCACAACAUACUGCGCCGAAACCUCUACAAGUGUCUGGGUCAAACUCAGCCUGACAAGGCCUUGAAAGUCACUCAGGAAUUGAUUCACAGUUGGGAGUUAGAGUUUGCUCAAACCAUCACUCAGGGCAUCACCCAAGGUGUCAAGCUGCAGCCUGAGGACUUUUUAGUCAGUGUAAUUGUUUUGGAUUAUGGGAUGAAGGAAAAGGACCCCAUCAACAAUGUGCGUUUCUACUGCAAAGAAGACCCAACCAAAGCCAUCCAGAUACGCAAAAACCAGGUGUCCAAACUGCUUCCAGAGCAGUUUGUUGAGCAGCUGAUCCGGGUUUACUACAAGAAGAAGGAUGAAAAGUGUCUGGAGGCCGCGAAGAAGCAGUUCAUUCAGUGGUGCAUGAAUAAAAACUUCACAAAGCCUCAGGAUGGAGAUGUGAUCGCGCCUGAGCUGACGCCUCUGAAAGCCAACUGGCACAACAACAACGAAGGGGAGGGCAGUGAUGGCAAAUCCAAACAGACUAACUGUGCUCUUGUUAAUGGACAUGUGCCAGCUAAAACGCAGCUUCAGUUUUAGGAAAAGGGGGGGAUAAAAUUGUUGUUGCUCAUAAAAACCAAAAAACAUGUUAAGCUAAAAUCUAUACUUUUCUACGAGGUGAGUGUGUAAAACACAGCAAAUAGUUUUUUCAACUUAAAAGUCCUAUUAAAAUAAAGGAUCAGUCAUAUCAUAUAUCAUUUUGUUAUUUUAAUCAUGUUUUAUUUUAGGUAUAUUGAAAGUCAUUAUGCAGUUCAUGUUUUAAUAGCUUUCUUUGUUACAGUUGAUGUGUUUCUGUUACAUUUCAACAAGAGUUCAUUUUGGGCUUUUUGAUUGAAAUUUCAGAUUUGAGGUUCUCUUGGUUUUAUUUAUUUAUCUUUGUUAGUUAUGGUGAAACCUGUAUGUUUGGUGCUUUUAUUUAAUUUUCAUCCGGUUUGUAACUCUUCCUUGUUGCUGUGUUCACCUUGCACGUCUGAAAACUUUGUAGCUAAAACUUAUUAUGACCUCCAUCAAACAUUUGCUAUUUGUAUUAAAAAAAAGUCAAAUGAAUGUAACUUGUGAAAAAAACUGGAAAAAUAAAAUGUAGGACAGCA